CCCAAAAAAAAAAAAAAAAAAAGGGAAAAAACCACUUUCUUUACGACAUAACUCUUUUUUUUCACAGUUUUACUCUGCAGCGCCAAGAAAUUGUGCCCGCGAAGUUUCUUUUAAAACAACAACGUCCUGCCAGUCCUCCUGCCCAAAAACAAUAACAAAACUCGCAGCCAAACAUGCCCGCUCAAACCCCAGAAGUUGCAGAGCCACUCACCAACAUUCACUGGCAGACACAGAGAGAGAGCUCGCGAACGAUCAUCAGGAUGCCGUUAAUCUUCUGCAUCGUACUCUCCUACGGAUAGAGCUAACUUCCACCGAGGGAUUUCAGAGAGGGGAAGUGGAAUUGUGAGUUCUUAAUUUUGAAUUCGGCAUUUGGAAGGGCCAAGAUCCACACUCACUGCGACCAAACAGAACCCUAAUGUUUCAAACUGCUGAUCGUAUAUAUUUAUUCAUUUGAAUCUCGAGCUAUAGAUGGACUCUCUCAAAGUAGGUUGUGACCCCAUUGACAGUGAAUUGGAUGGUGUGGACUAUGUCUCUGGGCUUAGUACUUUACUCGUUGCCACGAUUCAGGAAGCCAAAGACAGGAUUUCUCAGAUUGAAUACGUUUUCUGCAACCAGCUUUACACAUAUUUCCAAUCUAAGUCUAAAAGCUUCCAGAAAUUCGAAAACCAAUGGAAAGAGAAAGAAAAUGAUCUCUUAUGUCGAAUUGAAACACUUAGAGUUGAAAAGCAACAAACCCUUGAAGAGAACCGCUUACUCAAGCUUGACAAGGGAAAUCCAUCCAAGGAACAGGAAGAGAAGGUGAACCAACUACUCGCCGAACUGAAAGGUGUGCAGUUCAAAGGUAAUGAGCUUGAGCGAGUGCUUAAGCAGAAGUCUACGGAAGUAGAUAAGGGAAUGGAAUUGGAGAGUAAGUUGCUCGGAGUGAUUCAAUCCAAAGACGCUGUCAUUAUGGAUAAGGAAAAACAACUGAAAGAGAGUGAAGAAAGUAGAAACAUGCUUCUUGCUAAAUUAAGUGAUCUUGAAAAUAGAGUUGAUGAACUCCAAGAGGAGCUCGGGGAAAAGAUUAACCAAGUAACCAAAAGAAAUGAGCUUGAAGAGAAUUUAUUUCGAAAGGUUGAGCAUCAGUCUUCUGAGAUCAUGAAUAAAGAAAAGCUUUUGAAUGAUCAAGAAGAAGAGAAAAAACUUCUCAGGGCCAAAUUGGAAAUUUUGGAAGCAAAUGUUGAUCGACUCCAAAAGGAGCUCCUUACAAAGAACAAUGAAGUGGAGGGUUAUCUGAGGGAGAAAAAACAGUUUCUAGCCAAAGUAACUAGUUUAGAGGAAAAAGUUGAUGAACUAGGCAUGGCUGGCGAAGUGGCCAAAAGAAGGGAUUCAUGUGAAAAGUUACAUCAACAGAUUGAAUCAAUGACCUCGGGUUUACAGGCUGAGAGGAAGAAGUACACAGAUCUUAUUGGUGCUUACAAAAACCUGAAAUCUCAGCACAAGUAUCUCCGCACAAAGCUUGGUCUUACAAGGGAGAAUAUGCUACCCCAGAAUAAGUUGGAAGAUAGAAGUGAUUUGUUGAGAUACGACCAAAAUCCAUCAACUUCACAUGAUCUUGUCGAGAAAAAUCAGAAUGCUUCUGUGUCAACUUUAUGCACAAAAAAAGUCAGGAAUGAAAUCAAUUGUAUCAAUAAAUUGGAGGAGGAUGUGAAAGGAGGCAAGCCAAUUCAAGCAGCUAGUCCUAUCUCUUCUACUUCCUUCUUCCCCAUUGCACAAAAAUGCCCUCCCACCUCAAAAUCUGCCCCAGUAGCUGGGAGAAAACGGCCUGCUUCCAGCUGGGUGGAUACUAGGAGGCGUCAAGGCCAAGAUGGGCCUGACCCACACGAUGAUUUUCUUGAUACCCCACUUGAGAACAUCAGAGUAAACUUGAAUAAAGCCACAAAGGAACAAGUUCCUGAUCGUCCAGUUCCAGUUCCAGCUCCAAAUGACAUGAAUCUAGAUAGCUCAGAUGAUGAAACACAGGAUGUUAACGCUGUAGUUAGGCCACAGAAGCAGCAGAUGCCAGCUCCAGUGGCCGGUAAAAAUGGUUUCAAGUUUGUAGAACCUGUAAGAAAGAAAGCUGAGCGGGAAAAUUUGAAAGGAGUUGAAUGCAAGCAGUGCAAAAAGUUCUAUGACGCUGUCCUUCCCAACGAAGGCGGUGGUAAGGACACCGAUAAUAAUAAGCAAAAUUUUCGCUGUGAGCACCAUGAAGGUGUUUCUCGUCAUCGGUAUAGGUAUGCUCCCCCUCUUACUCCAGAAGGGUUUUGGAAUAUUGGAUUUGAAUCUGAAAUGUGAUAUUGAGAAAAUUUUUAUUCAUUCUUUCUUUUCGUAGAUCAUUGAUUUGUAGUGAUAUUUAAUUACAUAUAAAAAAAGGUCCAAAAAACUCUUUUCCUAGAAAUUUGUCAACCUUACAAACAGUAGUUUCAUAAUUUGACAUCCUCUUGUAAUA